UGGGAAGACGGGGAGUAGGUGUUGCACCUUCUAGAGGGCUGUAACUUUAGGGUUCGGGGUUAAUUGUUUAAAAUCUCCGAGGUACUGGCGUGGAUAUAUUACCCACUUUACGAAAAGAGACUAGAGUGCGCUCGGAGGCGUGUUUCUAGUGAGGACAUUGAGUCCCAAGUUUGACGACUUCCUCAAGAUUGCACAGAAAACUUUCAGAGAUUUCAGAUAUUGAGACUAGAAGAUUGUGCUGUGUUUCUUCCGCUUUACUUGACCUGGGACUCUGAAACCAGUUCUGUUGUCUUCAACUUAAUCAGACAGCAUGGAGGCACCUCCGGUCACCAUGAUGCCUGUUACUGGAGGCACUAUUAAUAUGAUGGAGUACCUGCUGCAGGGAAGCGUUCUAGAUCACAGUUUGGAAAGCCUUAUCCACCGCCUUCGUGGUUUGUGUGAUAACAUGGAACCCGAGACUUUCCUUGACCACGAGAUGGUAUUCCUCCUUAAGGGCCAGCAGGCUAGUCCAUUUGUUCUCAGGGCCCGGCGUUCUAUGGACAGGGGAGGAGCACCCUGGCAUCUGCGUUACCUGGGACAGCCAGAAAUGGGAGACAAGAACCGCCAUGCCCUGGUGCGCAAUUGUGUAGACAUUGCAACAUCUGAGAACCUCACUGACUUCUUGAUGGAAAUGGGCUUCCGCAUGGACCAUGAGUUUGUCGCCAAGGGUCACUUGUUCCGUAAGGGUAUCAUGAAGAUUAUGGUGUACAAGAUCUUCCGCAUCCUGGUGCCAGGAAACACAGACAGCACCGAGGCCUUGUCACUUUCCUAUCUUGUGGAACUAAGUGUUGUUGCCCCAGCUGGUCAGGACAUGGUCUCUGAUGACAUGAGGAACUUUGCCGAGCAGCUGAAACCUCUGGUUCACCUAGAGAAAAUAGACCCCAAGAGGCUCAUGUGACUAAGACAGUCUCUCUGCCACUGGGGCCUGACCUCACCUGUUACAAAAAAGAAGAUGUUAUAAAGGCUCCAUUUCACCACUGCCAGCCGGCUUCCUCCCCCAGAAAGGAGAAUGAGAACUUCGCUGGUUCUAUACAGUUUUCCUCAUGUGGCAAGUUCACUUCUGUGACAGCCUUUCCAAAUGAAAGACUUAGGAUAACAAGACUCUAUCCAGUCCUUCUCUAUAAGGAAGGGAAACUGGAAUAAAUUAGCUUUUAGAAAGGAAAAUCUUUUACUUGUUUUGCUAUUCGUGUGCGAGCUUGUACUGUCGGGUAAUAAAAGCUAUGAAGAGAAA